AUGAUCGAUAGCCCGACGCAGCCUUCUCAAGAUUCGUACAGAAGACCCACGCUGGCCAACACGACUGAGCUCGACUUUUUUAAUUUGAAUUUGAAUGACGAGCCAAUAAACAAGCAUAGAUCUUCUUACGUGGCUCCAGGUCCAGGUCCAGGUCCAGGUCAAGUUGCAGCUCCAGACCCCCACUCGUCAUCCCCAACGAUCACCCACAAAUCAUCCUCCGACAACUUCAACUUGAACAACGAAAGGCGGGGCUCCAGAUUUGACUUUGCUUCUCAGUCUUCCCCCCUCUCUUCUCAAUUCCCCCCAAGUCUACAACCUUUAGACAACAGCGCGCUUGGUCUCGAGCUCAACCAAAGAAAUCCUUUCAACCAAAUCCUCCCCAAACUCUCCCCAAUUCAAAACCAUCCUCCUGCGCACUUUUUCAACUUGCCUCCUCUUCCUCUCUCUUCUCCCACACAGCCAAGAUUUUUCCCUUUUGACGUUCAAUCCCAGUCUCAGUCUCAGACCCAGCAACCGCAGUCAAGUCUCAAUGAUCUCGGCAAAGGCACUCCCACGUCUAGCAUUCCUCCCCUUACUACCCUCUUCAUCGUUGAAUUCAAGGCUGCGAGGUCCGACUUAUUUUACUCUCUAGACACUUCCCUCUCUUCGAAUAUACACUUUGGUGACCUCGUCAUUGUUGAAGCUGACAGGGGCAAGGAUCUUGGUAAAGUUACAAAUGACUCCCUCACUAUCGAAGACUUGAACCAAUUCCAAUUUUCUCAAUCUGGGCAGUCUGUUCAUCCCAUCCACUCAGACUUUUCUAUGCCCACUUCAAGACCUUCUAUAUCUGUUUCUCCUUUGGAUGAUGCUCCCUCACCAACAUCCUCCGUUCAUCAAUUACCCGCUGCUUCUGCUACCCACAACAAUCACAACCCUGCUUUUGAAGCUCUCAAGACCGUCUCUAAAGACCUCCAACCAAAGAAAAUAUUUGCCAAGGCUUCCACUUCUGAUACUCAGUUGUUGAUUACUAAGCGCCAAGAUGAAUCAAAGGCCCUGCAAAUCUGUAUCUCAAAAGUUAAACAAAGGAACUUGCCAAUGGAAGUUAUUGACGCUGAAUACCAAUGGGAUAGACGCAAAUUAACCUUUUAUUUCAUUUCCGAACAAAGGAUAGACUUUAGAGAAUUAGUUAGAGAACUUUUUAGAGGUUUUAAAACUCGAAUUUGGAUGUCGAAUAUCUCAGCCACUGCUUCUGUUCAAUUAGUUCAAUCAUUGCAGGCUCAAGCUCAAGCCCAAGCCCAAGCUCAUUUCCCUCAACAAAUGCCUCCAAUGAUCAACAUCCACGAUCCUCCUUCUCCUUUGACAUCCUUGAACGAUUUACCAAAGCAAUAA